UCUUCAUCUGUUCAUGUAGUCACUCAGUAGUGUCAUGGAGGUAACAUGGCCGAAGAGACGCGCCUAGUUCGCGUUGAAGAAAGAUUAAAGAUUAAAAUCGGUGAAGUAAAAAAUUUACAAGGUAGAAGUCAUGGAUCUCCUGGUGCAAGAGAUGUAUAUUGUACAUUAUCUCUUGAUCAAGAAGAAAUAUUUAGAACAGCAACAAUGGAAAGAACUCUCAGCCCAUUUUUUGGAGAAGAAUUUCAAUUUGAAGUACCUAGAAAAUUUCGUUAUCUUGGCAUUUAUGUUUAUGACCGGGAUAGGCAUUUAAAGCAAGAUAAAAUUUUGGGCAAAGUGGCAAUAAAAAGGGAAGAUUUAACUAAAUAUCAUAAUAAGGAGCAUUGGUUUCCUUUGGGACCAGUUGAUGCAGAUUCUGAAGUACAAGGUAAAGCACAUUUGGAACUUGCUCUUCAACCUCAAGUUGGACAUGCUCAAUCUAAACUUACAGUAAGGGUUAUAGAAUGUAAUGACUUAACUCUUAAAAAUGGUGGCUGUGAUCCAUUUGCAACCGUGACAGUCAUUUAUAGCAAUGGAAAACAGAUAUCAAAACGCACAAAAAUUAAAAAAAAAACGGUGUCUCCAUAUUUUAAUGAAACAUUCACCUUUGAGCCAGAAAUAACAGAAUCCAAAGAAAAGGAUAUUUCUCAGUGCCCCAUAGAACAUGGGGAAGUAGGUGAAGUAGUUGUUGGUUUAUGGCAUGCAUCCCCUGGUAUGGGAGAACAACCAGCCUUUCUGGGUGAAGUUAGGAUUACUUUAAGAGGCCUACAAAAACAGCCAACUAAUGCAACAACUGCAUGGUAUUUUCUACAACCUAGAGCAACAAAACAUCGUCCAAAUAAAAUUUCUAACAGUUCUACUCCAGUUGGUGUAUUACCGGAUUUAGGAUCUCUGCGAUUAAAAAUCCAUUAUACAGCAGAUCAUGUUUUCCCAUCAGCAAUGUAUGAUAAACUUAGGAACUUGUUAUUACAAAGUGUCAAUGUUCAUCCAAUCACUUCUUCUGCUGUUUAUAUUUUGGGAGAAAUAGUGGCAAGCAAAAUGGAGGCUGCUCAACCAUUAGUUAGAGUGUUAGUACAUUAUGGGCAGUUGGUUUCUGUAAUGCGAGCUUUAGCUAGUCAUGAAAUUUCUAAAUUAACAGAUCCAACAACAAUAUUUCGCGGUAAUACAUUAGUAAGUAAAAUGAUGGAUGAAGGUAUGAGAUUGGCAGGUUUACACUAUUUACAUAGUACACUUAGACCAGCUAUGGAACAAGUUUUUCUAGAAAAAAAACCGUGUGAAAUAGAUCCAACUAGAGUGAAGGAUGCAAAUACGAUUCAAACUAAUUUAGCAAAUCUAAAGGAAUAUGUGGAAAGAGUUUUUACUGCUAUUACAACAUCGGGUGUGCGAUGUCCACCUUUAAUGUGUGAAAUGUUUUGGUGCUUAAGAGAACUUGCAGCAACACAUUUUCCAAAAAAUAAAGAAGUAAGAUAUUCAGUUAUUAGUGGAUUUAUUUUUCUACGAUUUUUUGCUCCUGCAAUAUUGGGUCCAAGACUAUUUGACAUUACAACUGAGCAAAUUGAUUCUCAGACUAAUAGAACGUUAACAUUAAUUUCCAAAACAAUUCAGAGUCUAGGAAACUUAGUAAGUUGUAGAGGUGGAGCAGGUAGUGUUUGUAAAGAAGAAUAUAUGGAAUGUGUAUAUAGAGAAUUUUAUACCGAAAGGCAUAUCCAAGCGGUAAAACAAUUUCUGGAACUGAUUUCAACUAGUAGCAAUAGUGGUAUUAUGAAACAACGACCAAAUACUCAGCAAGAACAACCAAUUAUUCUAAAGGAGGGAACAUAUUUCCUCUUCAUGCAUACUUCUGAUUGUAAUAAGAGAGUAAUGAUAAAACGAGCGCAAGGUAGAAAACGAUUUGGGCGUAAAAAUUUUAAACAGCGGUACUUUAGGCUCACUACACAAAAUCUAACUUAUUCUAAAACAAAAGGAAAAGAACCUUUAUGUAAAAUACCGCUCGAAGACAUUUUAGCUGUGGAAAGACUUCAAGAAGAUUCUUUCAAAAUGAAAAAUAUGUUUCAAAUUGUUCAAUCACAACGAGCAUUAUAUGUUCAAGCCAGUAAUUGUGUGGAAGAAAAAGAAUGGAUUGAUAUUCUGACAAAAAUUUGUCGUACGAAUAGUAAUCGUUUAGAGAAAUACCAUCCGAGUGCAUACAUUAAUGGUCAUUGGCUUUGUUGCAAAGCAGUGGCUGAAAUUGCUCCAGGAUGUAGUGAAGUGUCACCGGCUAUAGAAGCUGGCUUACGUAUGGUCUUAGAUCCAGCUCGAGAUUUGCAACGGAUACAUUCAUUGAUAUUCACAAAUAUGCCGAGGCUUGAAACGCUAAUGAGUGCAUGUGAAUGUCAAGCUGUUUAUGGAGCUAAUGACAUGUGUAUUAUACCAGGUGGUGGAUCUCCUAUAGAGGAUGUGCCUUCGUGUUUUAAAACUUUAACUGCAUUAAGAGAAGCUGCAUAUGCUUUACAGCAUGAACAUAGAGCCUACUUUAGAAGACUAGCACGCGACACUAAGUAUGGAAGCAAGCAAGCUCCAAUCGGGGAUGAUAACUACCUUCACUUAGCCGCUAGAGCUGGCUUUGAGAAUCAGUUAACAAAACGUGUGUAUGAAACAGACAGUUUAAAUCAACAUUAUGUAGAAACUGAUCAUUGUUAUGAUAGCGGAUUUUCUAGAAAAAUAGAAGAUCAACCGUACGAUGAAACAUUUAUAAAAUGUUUAGAUUCUGACUCGAUACAUCGUAGGUAUGAUAAUGAAACUACUUUUCUACGACGGUAUGAAAAUAACACCGAUGCUAUUAAAAGUAUACAAAAUGAUCUCAAUCAAUUUGAUUAUAGUUUACAUAAUACGUUAAGGACAGAUAAGUCAGAAAAAAAUGCAAAUUUAGAAAACAAUAGAAGAUUGGAUUGCUCCAGUUUAUUAGCAGCAGAGGGAAUUAAUAUGUCUGAUACAUUAUCGAGAAAAAUAGCAGCUAUAAGUAUACCAAAAUAUUGAGCGAAUCCAUAGUAACGAAAUAAGUCCUUCAAUUCUUUGAAUAAUCAUCUGAACCAUUAAUGUUUUAAUUCAUUAAAACAUUAUGAAGAUCUGUUCUAAUGAAAUCUAAGAAAUUUUCUUUGUAUGUUUCUGGCUUUCUCGUACGCGGUUUAAAUAUUUGCAUUCAAUAGUAUCUCGAAUCAUUAAAAGUAGCAAAAAAUUGUUUAUACAAUAAGCUACUUUUUUAUAAGGAGAAAUAUGAUGACUGACUAAAAUUUCUUACAUGAUUAUUCUUUAUAGUAGAGUAUUAUAUUUUUACUGUUUCUGUUUCAUCAUACAGAAUUAAUUACUUAACACUAGAACUUCGAAUAUUUUCUUUUAUACUUAGUGAUAUUAAAAAACAAAUCUGAGAAACAAAUUAUUUAAUUCAAAGAGAUU